AUUCCUAUCAAGUCGGUGAGUACAUAACCUUAUUUUGGUAGAACGAAAUAGUUUCAAAUAGAUUUUAUUAUUGAUAAGUUGUCGCCAUAAUUAUGAGACUCGGCACAGUUUUAUUGAAACAAAUACCUUAUCGAUUCAGAGGGAAGUAUCGUAUAGUAAAGAAACCAAGCUUUGAAGAUUUGUUAAAAUUAAGGCAUGACUUUGAAAGAGAAGAACGGAACAUGUUGAUUUUAAGACAUCCUUAUUUAACGAGUCAACAAUCUCAUGGUCACAUGAAUCAUAUAGAAAAGCCAACUUUAAGUAAAAUAUAUGGCAAACUAAAAGACGAAAAGUUUUCUAAAUCUAUAACAAUUGCGGAUAGAUUAAAUCACUUAAAAGUAUCAGAAGCGUGGGAUUGAAGCGUAUACUUGCUUAUAAAAUGUAUUAAAUGUUUAUUCCUUGCUUUAUAUAUCAUAGUAUUGUGUAAUUAUUAAAUAUCUUAUAUGAUU